AGUGAUCUAUCACCGUUAUGUACUGUCUGUUUGCACCCUCACCCCGACGUCCACGCACCUCGCAGUCAUGAUAUAAUCUUCACGCUCCAAACGUAUGCUUUCAACCAUUCUCUUCGGUUUGACCGUCCUGGGAUUCGGGGCAUGGGUCGCGGUAAACCACCGGCACCAUACGACCUAUUACCGCCCGGCGUUGUACAUCGCAGACAAGGGAGCGGUCAUAGAAGUGAAGGACGCGGGCGGAAGGACCAAGACGAGACAGGAGACGUUACGCGAUUUAAUAGAACAAAGAUGUCCGAGUCUCCUCAGAGACUUCAGGCCGGUGUGGUGGCUCUUCAGCGGCCAUCUACAGACCGCAUACUCCGUGGUUGGGGAUUUUUCGAAGAUAGAUGAGGUUGAGUACGACAGGACUCUUCUACGCACUCGGGACGGCGGAACUCUCGGUCUAGACUUUACACCGCCUGAGAGCACACGGAAGCUCCCAGAAGAUGCACCCAUCAUCGUUGUGCUUCACGGCCUGACCGGUGGGUCUCAUGAAGCCUAUGUGCGCGCGGUCGUAUCUCCUGCAUGCAGGCCUGUAGAUGACGGAGGACUGGGAUACCGUGCGAUCGUGGUGAACUUCCGAGGAUGCGCGGGCGUCCCGGUAACAAGCCCCCAACUGUAUUCUGCGGGGCAUACAGAGGACAUCCGUGCGGCGAUGUUCUACAUUCGAAGACGCUAUCCGAAGGCACCUCUCCUUGGCCUAGGAUUUUCGCUAGGAGCGAACGUGCUGACUAGAUACGUCGCGGAAGAAGGCGACGGCUGCAGGCUUGCUGCUGCGUGCGUUAUAGCUUGCCCAUGGGACUUGGUAACGAACAGCGAAGCUUUGGAAGGCAACUGGUUACACCGCCGGGUGUACUCUACAGCGCUCGGCUCAAACCUACAAGCCGUCGUCAAACGUCACGCCGCUGCUCUGAGCACGCCUCCCUCACACCCCGUCGCCCAGGCGGUCGCCCCGACGCUCGCACUGCAGUCGCCCACGCUCGAGACGUUCGACGAGACGUUCAACCGCAUCGCCGGCGGGUCUUCACCGCCCUUCCCCUUCCCGAGCGCACGCGCGUACUACACCUGGGCCUCGUCGCACACGACGCUCCCGCGCGUGCGCGUCCCGUUCCUUGCCAUCGGCGCGGAGGACGACCCGGUCGUGCAGGUGCUCCCCGUGCACGCGGGCCGGAACGGUUACGUCGCGUUCGCGGUGACGAAGGGGGGCGGACACCUCGGGUGGUUCGAGAGCGGUGCGGAUGGGGCGAUCAGGAGGUGGUUCACCCGGCCUGUGCUGGAGUGGCUUGAGGCGGUCGGGCGGGACAUGGUCGUGCGGGCGCGGCCGGGUAAGCCGCUGAGAGAGGUGGAUGGAUUCUUGAUGGAGGUGGGGCGAGACGAUGUCGGCUGCAAGGAGGCUGAAGGUGGCGGGCGCGUUAGUGGGACCGAGGGAGAAGAGGGGCUUUUGCCUGGUUUGUGAGGACGUCUGGAAUAUCCUCUAUUGUCGUAUUUGCUAUCCUUCCUAUCUGUUAUGAGAUCAUGUAUAGAAUUAGAUUCACGAGGGUACAGUCGUCGACUUAAACGUGAGAUCCCGAAGACGACUGUACCGCAAAUGCAUUCUGUGGUGUAGAGAUACUGCGCGGAGCGGGCUCAUCCCAACGACGCUUACCAUGUCGCUAGCUGUCGUGUGUUCGUUCGUUCGGGCUGCUCGUCCUGUCGUCAUCGAAAUGUGC